AUGGGACCGAAGGCGUGGUACAAGCUUGUGAAGCCCCAAAGCGACUGGGACAAGGUGCCUUUGGCCGAUGUCGUGGAUGUGGCUGACCUCAAAAAGCAGAUCAAGAAGGAGGCGUCUCCUGCUCUCGACGCAUUUUCCGCAAGCCGACUCAUUCUCGCAGCGUCAAAGAUCGACAACAAAGAUGCUAGCAGUGCCGUUGAGUUUGAUGCUGAGAGCAGCCUUGAGUCAAUCCUAAAGCGUCUUGGAGUGGAACAAACUCCUUCAGUGCACCAAUCCUUCGCCGACAAUAUCAGGCUUUUCAUAAAUGCUCCGGAUGUUGCCAUUACUGGUGUUGUCGACUGGAAGGACCCCACGAGUAUCCUCAAAUGGAUAAAGCAAUACGAACGGCCCGUUGACGUUAAGCAAGCACAACUUGUUACUUCCUUUGGCUCGAUUUUCCCUUUACUCCGCCGAGAGGAUACCCUCAACACGCUAUGGAAUGGAACCCCUGAUAGAAAUGGUGUCUUUGAGCGAUUCAAACGGCACCAUCAGACAGAUCGGACUCAACAUCCAAUUCCCUUUUUAGCCUGCGGGCCAGGUACCGGAAAGAGCCGAUUCCUCCAGGAGGUUGGAAAAAUGCUUCUUGAGAAGGCCAAAUUCUGCAACGACGAGAAGGUCAAAAAUGGCUUUGCCAACAUGCUCGCGGUCAACAUCACUUACGGCAACGGCACUCCUGCUGCUAAGACUGACGUCGAUAUCGGCGGUGAAGCAUCAGUUGCCACUCGAUUGCUCUACGAGUACUUUAUCAGUACAAACAUUCCCGCUAUCAAGCCAAAGGCCAAGAUCGAAGAUAUCCAAAACAUUCAAGGCGUGUCGGACCUCAGGUUGAUGACAGCUAUAGACGUUAUUAAAUCCGACUUCAUCAGUCGUGGCAUAUCCACUGGCCCCUCCGUGCUGAUCCUCGGCAUUGACGAAGUGAGCAUAUUGCACAAGCUCGACAAAGAAACUCUCCGCCAAGUCGUGCAUGUCGUUGGACGGAUAAGCUGCCAUGCUAUGGACCCUUUCUGCAUACCUAUCAUGGCUGGAACAAUUCAAGGUCCUGUCGAGGCCAUGGUCACGGAAUCAACAUACCGUCUCCUACUCCCACCUCUUCCUCUUCUUACCGACGGUGACGUGAUCAACAUUGGCAGUAAGCUACGUUUUACAGAGGGCAACAAGGUCCUACGUUUGACUGAAGACUACCUAAAGGAUGAUAUCUUGUUCCGCCGCAGCAUUUCCGAUAUCGGCGGGAUGGCCAGAGCUGUGGAGGGAUUCUACUCUUACUUCAUGAAUCAGAUGAGGACAAUUGAUGAAAUUCCUGAGGAGGACAAAGCGCUAACUGAAACUCUGCGCAACGUUGAUGUCGUAGUUGUAAUGCAGCGUUUGGCAAGUCAUUUGGACAAUCUUUAUCCCUUUGCAGAUUAUGCUGACUUGGCGACGCCUGUACUGGCAAAGGCCAUCCUAGACAUCCCAGUUGACAUACGUGAAAAUAUCGAAGUCGGUGAAACCGCUAUCUCCUACAAAGACCUCAGGACAACUGGCAUCAUAAAUUUAGAGCCGAUUGGACAAUUUGACAGAUAUUACGUCCGCGUUCCGUUUAUGUGGCUGAUGUUACUAGUCAAGGCUUGUGCAGUCAAGUCACGCCACUCGCCUUGGAAGUUCUUGAAAGAUUUUAUCAAUCCGACGCAAGACAUAUCCUGGGGAGGCUGGGAGCGAUUCAACGUGCAAUUCUUGGCUCUACGCUUAUGCCUUUUCUCAAUCCUCGAGAGAAAGACUGUAACUUUGGAAGAACUUUUUUCAGGCGCUGAAUUCGGCCCCAACUUUCCGGAUUUCGAGGUUGAAAUUCCUGACCAUCGCCGGGUUACGGUGCACCAAUUGCUAGAUCAAUUUCCGAAUUAUGAAACUGUAACGGAUUUGACCGGCACAGAGCGCGCAAACCUUCUUCAAGAAUUUCACAAGCUAUUUAUUAAUGCCAAGACCGGCCCUAUUGAUGGUUUUAUGCAAUUACGUAUAUCACAAGGCAGUGCAAUUGCCAAGUCUUUGAAUUUAUCCCUUCAAAUGAAAAUGGCAGAAGAAUAUGAUUCGAAGAAGCUUAGAAUUCUCAACCAAACUGAAGUCGGUGCGGAACUCAGCAAAUUCGGAAAAGUGAAUGAUACUCUAAAGGAUCGCUGUCAAGAUUUAGAGUGCGCCUUUGGCAUCUUCAGCAAUCGCCGUAAAGCUGAAAAUUUAGAACUUUACGACGGGGUCGAGUACGAGAUCGAGGUUAUCAAGCUCAAGAUAAAAAAAAAGGAAAUAAGAAAGACUCGCGUUAAUGCCUUCCUAAUUCACAGAGGCAAUUUCAAGAAAUACUAUGGGCAUACGUUUGGGGGUCGUGCGCAAUUUUCAGUAUCUUCCCGGUUGUACAUCAACUCUGCACCUCUGCACCACAUCCAGCACAUUCCGGAUGUCGGACCCGCAACUUGCAAAAAGAUCUUAGAGGAAAGAAAGAGAAAACGAUUUGAGGAUGAUGAAGAUCUAAUGUUGCGG